AUGCACGUCCCCACGAUCAGCCUUCGCGACUUUGACGGGCGCCGGGACGAGAUCAUCCAGCAGCUCAUGGAUGCCUCAACCGAAGUCGGCUUCUUCACGCUGUCUGACCAUGGUAUUCCCCAGGAGGAUGUGGACAGCAUGUUCAAGAUGAGCCAGCGUUUCUUCGCCCUGCCUGACGACGUGAAGGCGAAGACGCCCCUAGACGGCAAGAACGCUGGAUGGGAGAAGAACACGCAGGUCCGCCCCAGCACGGGCACCGCCGACCAGAAGGAGAGCAUGCAACUGCAGUUCGCGCGCAUGGAGGGACUGUGGCCCAGCGACGAAGACAUCGAUGGGUUCAAGCGCAAGUCUGAGGAGUUCAUGCACCAAGUGCAAUCGUGUGCAACAUGUCGAGGGCGCAUGAAGGCACUCGAGGGCACACAAGGAGAGCCGGAACACCCGCCAGGGUCCCUCUCGGUAAAGGUGAUGGAAUGCUUCGCUGAUGGACUCGGGCUGCCGAAGGACACCUUCACCAUCGGAACCGUGGACCGGGAGGGCAAAGGCGACUCGCAGGAUGUCCUGCGCCUACUGCACUACCACUCGUGCGAGGGCAAGACGUUUGGCCCCAACUUCUGGCGCGCGGGAGCGCACGCCGACUUUGACGUCCUCACCCUGCUCUUCCAGCGCGAGGGUGAGGGCGGUCUCGAGGUCUGCCCUGGCCGCAAGGUUGUGGGUGACUUUGGUAUGGGCCAGGAAUGGAUCCCCGUUGAGGCGCGCCAGGACCGCAUCGUCUGCAACAUCGGCGACCAGCUUAUGCGCUGGUCCGACGACCGCCUCAAGUCUACCUACCACCGUGUCCGCCUCCCCGAGGGUAACGAAAGCCGUGGCCCUCGCUACUCCAUGGCCUUCUUCAACCAAGCCCGCACCGACGAGGUCAUCCAGGGUCCUAACAAGAAGUACCCUCCCAUCGUCAGUCACCAGUCCAGGGCCGAAGCUGACAUUCAGACCGGCGGACAGUUUAUCAAGGAGGCUCUCGAGCGCAACCGCAUGCAGAGCGCCGAGAUUGCAGCUAAGGCCCGUCUCGAGAGCGCCGACAAGGUCGCGUCCGAAGUGCAUUUCAUCCCCGAGCACAUGAAGAAGCAGGCUGACGCCGUCCCCGUCAAGGCAGCUUGA